CGCGGUUCGAAUGUAAUAUGUAAAUGUGGCAGGCAGCGAUAUUUCGUCAUCCUAAGUCGCCCAGACGCCGUGGCUGGUCGGCCUACGGCUCUCUUCCUCCCAUUCUUUCUCAUGGCGGCCGGAGAAGCGCAAGAGGGGUCCGAGGAACGAAGAGAAGGAGAAGCGCUGAUGGCUCAUAGGGUCAGACCCCUCUCACCUCAGACCGCGAGAUCUCUCGUCGAAUCCAUCGACGCCUUCCUCUUCGACUGCGACGGAGUCAUCUGGAAGGGCGAUAAGCUUAUCGAAGGAGUUCCUCAGGCGUUGCAAGCUCUCCGCUCCAUGGGGAAGAAGCUGGUUUUUGUGACGAACAACUCGAGGAAGUCGAGGAAGCAGUAUGCCAAGAAGUUCGCUGCUCUCGGGCUUGAUGUUAGCGAGGAUGAGAUCUUCUCGUCGUCAUUUGCAGCAGCGAUGUUUUUGAAGCUGAAAAACUUUCCUAAAGAUAAAAAGGUUUAUGUUGUCGGUGAGGAAGGCAUAUUGGAAGAACUUGAACUAGCUGGUUUUACAUGCUUAGGUGGUCCUGGAGAUGGCAAGAAGAGCUUGCAGCUAAAGUCAGACUUGUGGUUUGAACAUGACAAAAACGUUGGAGCUGUUAUUGUUGGACUUGAUCAGUACAUCAACUUUUACAAACUCCAGUAUGCAACUCUGUGUAUUCGUGAGAACCCUGGGUGCCUUUUCAUUGCCACCAACCGUGAUGCUGUUGGUCACUUUACGGACUUGCAAGAAUGGCCGGGUGCAGGAUGCAUGGUUGCUGCAAUAUGUGGAUCAACCCAGCGAGAACCUAUUGUUGUUGGGAAGCCAUCAACCUUCGUGAUGGAUUUUCUGUUAGAGAGGUUCCAAAUUGAUACUUCUAAAAUGUGCAUGGUUGGUGACAGAUUGGACACUGAUAUACUUUUUGGGCAAAAUGCUGGCUGCAAGACCCUUCUUGUUCUCUCAGGUGUGACUACUUUAUCAGAACUUCAGAGUCCUUCAAAUAGCAUCCACCCAGAUUAUUAUGCGAGAAGUGUAUCUGAUGUUAUCGAGUUACUACGAACUUGAUGUUCUUUAUAAUGGAUUCAGUGCGACUAUUCAUCAAAAGAUUUCAUAGCUCAUUUCCUGAAAUAAAAGCUGCAUGAUGUAGCUGUUGCUGAAUUUUAGAUAUGUCAAAUGUAAUUCUUACAAAUUUUGUUUGUCUUAUUGUUAACAUGAAGUGAUCAAAUCCUUAUUACAGAGUGUUAACUGUCCUCUUAAUUUCAGAGGUUUUCUGAGAUGUGAAAGGGAAUAUCCAUGCUGCUGGGAGCCUGGGACUCGCUAAUGCUACCAUGCAGAUCUGACACGUUAACAGGUCCUUAUUGUAAUGCAUCUACAGAAGAAAGUAUAGUACAAUUUAUUUAUUAUAAUAUGCCUUUUUGAUACAAUCAAGCAGUAUGGAAAUGAUGACCUCUACCAAGCCAUGACAUCAUCACAAUACUCUGAGGUUGGUCAUGUAUGUUUCACUGCCAACAUUUGAAAUAUAUAUGAUACUUUUUUAUUGGAAAAA